AUGAUUGUUACUGGUAACAACACUAAGCUGCUUGACAGUCUUCUUGAACAACUAAACACGGUGUUCAGAAUGAAAGAUCUCGGCUCUGUCCAUUAUUUUCUUGGCAUUCAGGUGCAUCACCACUCCGAUGGUUUGUUCCUCAACCAAGCAAAAUAUGCAACUGAUCUCCUUAUUAAUGCUGGAAUGAAAGAUUGCGCUCAUGUUGCUACGCCGCUUCUUCUUAAACUUGAUAAGGUCCCUGGUCAAGAUGAAGCAUUCUCUGAUACUUCAUACUUCCGGAGCUUAGCUGGCAAACUCCAGUAUCUUACAUUGACAAGACCUGACCUACAAUUCUCGGUCAACUUCAUCUGUCAGAAAAUGCACUUGCCUAGUCAGUCCGAUUUCAUCCUUCUUAAGCGCAUUCUGCGUUAUGUCAAAGGCACAUUAGAGAUGGGAAUAGGAAUCAAGGCAAGCACAGACUCAACGUUGGUGUGCUAUAAUGAUAGCGACUGGGCAGGAUGCAGAGAUACAAGACGAUCCACUGGAGGAUUUUGUACUCUUCUUGGUUCCAAUGUCAUCUCAUGGUCAGCUAAAAGACAUGAAACAGUUUCCAAGUCCUCAACAGAAGCGGAAUACAGAACAAUGUCUCUCGCAGCCUCUGAGAUAGUCUGGCUUCAAAACCUUCUGCGUGUGAUGGGAUUACAACAACAAAGAACUCCUCUGCUUCUCUGUGACAACCUUUCAGCCGUGUGUCUGACGGCAAACCCUAUGCUCCAUAAAAGGACUAAACACUUUAAUGUUGAUUAUCACUAUGUGAUACCACUCAAAUUACCCUAA